AACAGCAGAGAUCAAUUACUCAGUCCUGUUUAAGCUGCCUUUGUCAAAGAAACACAAGCUCAGCUGCACAGGGAUGCAGCUUGUACCUCCAUCCUGCCAUCACUAAUCACCCUCAUUCUCCAGGAAGCCUCGCUGCUCAGGUACCCCUUUGUAGACGAGGAGCUGGUGGGUGGGGGCUGGUUGCUCAUUGCAGCGUUUUGGGGACAAGGAGGCAGAUGGCUGAGGAAGUGGUGAAGCGAGGCUGACAAAUUGGAGAUUGACUCGCCGCUGUGUGACUUUGCAAACAAGGUUAUUGGUCCCUGGGCUGCAAAUCCGUGUCAGGAUCUUGUCAACAUUUGCCAAAGUUAAGAAGCUUGACCCAGCAAACACUCUGCAUGGGGAGGAGACGGAAAAAAAAUCUUCACUUGCAAAGGAAGCGCACACACAUACACAUAUAUACACAGAGCUGGGAGCUGAUCAGACGGUUCUGUUAUAGAGAAGAAUGCUACGAAGGAAUUGGGAAAGUAAAAGUGCUUGAUGUGUAACUGCCAAAAAAAACAGGAAAAGGUGACACUGCUUUCAGUGAUGAUGGAAUAGCUUCCCUGCAGAAUGCAGUUGCCUCGGGAGAAGCUAUUGAACACUGUAUCUGACCUCCAGCACAGCUCUCGCUGUACAUUCAAGGGAUGUGCAUCCCCCGUUUCCCCUCUGGGUUUGUAUGUUCAGGAGAUACAGGCACACAAUUAUUUAAACCGUGUUUUGCAAUACAUUGAGCGACAGAUGGCAGCUCUCGUCACAUCCUUCAAUGAUACAGACUUCUCCUUAUGAAGUGACAAACUUUGCCUUGCUGACCAUUCCAGCUUUUGUUGGUCUCCAGGCUACAACCUCAUUGCAAUGUGGAGCUGCAUCCAAGGCAACUUUGGGCUCAACAGCACAUCCUGCCGAGAUGACCCAUGCCAGAGGGUGGGCCUGAUCCUAUCUGUUGCCUCGACAGCCUACCUCGUAGUCUGCUUCCCGCUAGGCCUUAUCCUCAACGGUUUGGUUCUCACUGUCAAUCUGCGCCACAAGUUGUCCAUCAACAUGCCCGAUGUCUACUUCACCAAUAUGGCACUCGCUGGCCUGAUUCUGAACCUGGUGGCUUUCCUGCAGCUCCUGGGACCUGACCACCUCCUGUGGCCGGUGUGGACCUUCAGCCGGGAGCUCUGCAUGGCCUCCUUCAUCCUCUUCAAUAUGGCCGCCCUGGUCAGCACCUACUCCGUCACCUUGCUGAGCCUGGACUGCUUCAUUGAGCGGGCGUUGCCGCACACCUACAUGUCGAGUGUAUACAACACCAAGCACGUCUGUAGCUUCGUGUGGGGUGGAGCUGCCCUGGCCAGCUUCUCCUCCCUCCUCUUCUACGCCUGCAGCAAGAUUUCCGAGGAGCUCGAUGACUGCUCAAAACUGCGGACCAAGGAGCUGGGCGACGCCAUUAUGGUCUUCACUGGGCUGUUGGCCCCCACCGCUGGGGUGGGCUAUGCCCUCUGGCUAAUCCACCGGUCCUGUAAGGAACGUCCCUAUCAGCUUGAGGAAUCCUCGAGGCUUGACCCUUGCGUCCAGAGACUUCUCCUGGCCACUGUCUCAGUGCACUUUGUCCUCUGGUUGCCGUACUACCUCACCCUCCUGGUGAGCACAGCCCAUUUUGUCACCAGAAGUGAGGGUGAUCGGCACUUUACCAAGCUGCUUCACUUCCUGAGAGGAUUCAGCGAGCUGCUUGCUUACCUGAGUUCCUGCACUUUGCCCAUGAUAUACAAACGCCUGCAGAAGAGCUUCAGCUGCCGGCUCAGGCUGGUGAUCCAAGGCUUGCAUCGUGGGCGUCUGGGCCACCCUCGCCGGGUACAACAGCAGCAGUGUGUUGCAACAGUCUCAAGGGCAGAUCUGGCCCUAGAGAACAUCAGUGUCUCUGCCCAACACUUGGCAUAGAAUUAGGUCCAAAGGGACCUCAGAAGCAACACUUUCGUGCAGAAGGUGUUGUGUGUUUGGAAUGAACCACCAGAGGAAGUAGUGGAGGCUGGUACGAUUAGGCAUCUGGAUGGGUACAUGAAUAGGAAGGGUUUGGAGGGAU